AUGGAAACACUUGAUAUUGAUAAUCUUACAAAUUCCACUUUAAAUCUUAUUAGAAAACUCCAAGUUAUUGGAAAAAAUAUUCGAGGCCCAUUGACAUUUAUUCCAGGCAAUAUUUGUCGUUUAACACAGCUUAAACAUUUGAAUCUAAAUUUUAAUCAAAUAACUAAUGUUGUCGUAAAUUCGUCUUCAUCAUGUUUAUUUCAACUAGAAACUCUUGAUUUAAGUAAUAAUUUUAUUAGUGAAGUUUCUAUUCAAUGGAUUUCUCAAUUAUCUGCUCUGAAAUCAAUUAAUUUAUCAAAUAAUAAUUUAACUUCUAUACCAGAUAAAAUGUUUUAUAAUAUUUCUAAUGUAGAACAUUUUGAUGUAUCUUCAAAUAGUUUAACAACAUUUGAAUUAUGGUUAAUACAAAUAAAAAAAUUAAUUAAUUAUUCAAAUAAUCGAGUAACACAUUUUACGAAUAAUUAUAAUGUUAAUCUUGCAAAUUAUCAAUCUGAUGUUACUGAACAAAUUCUUUUACACAAUACUCAAACAAGAAUUCAAUUUGAUGAUAGUAUUUUUGAAAUGUACAAUCGAUGUGCAGAGAUCAGUUCAACAAAUAAUAGAAUUUUGAUGAAAGCUAUAAAAAUAAUAAAUGAAAAUAAUACACACUUACUUGAUUGGAAUUGUUUAUGCGACCAAUAUUAUUUAUACCAAUAUAUUGUAUCAAGUUAUCCUACUAAUAUUUUUUCGACAUGGAUUUGUAGUGGAGAUCAAAGUAUCAUUUAUAUUCAAAAAUGUAAUAAUCAAUCAUCAUUCAAUGCUACAAAUAGCCAUCCACGUUUAUGUAAACUUAAACCAUCCGAAAUCGAAUCAAAUCUGACAUUUUUAGACAAUGUCUCUGAUUUGGAAAGUAUUUCAUUGGAAAUUUACAAAAAACUAUUGACAUUUCAUCUAGCAGAUACAACAAUAAUCAAUGAAUUUGUUGCUGUAAUCGAUUAUUCUACUAAUAAAUUAUAUCAAACCUCUGAUCAACCAAUUACUGAAAAAAUUCAAAACAAUUUUCAAGAAAUAAUUUAUCUUAUUGAACGUUAUCUUGAAUCAAUCAAUACUACAAUAAACAUUAGUAAGAAUUCAAUUGGUAUUUUAAGUCGUUUAAAAACUAAUCCAAUCUAUUCUUAUUCUCAAAUCAAUGAAAACAAUUCAUUUUUAUAUUAUUCAACAGAACCAACUAAUGCAAAUUCAAUAGCAAGUAUAUCAAUUUAUCCAACAUCAAUCGAAAACUUAUUAGACACAGAUAUUUAUACAUUUUAUUAUCUUCCAUCAUUACUUUUUCGUUAUGCACAAAAAGAUCGAAAUAUAAUUAUAGAUUCACCUAUUACUGGUCUACAUUUACCGAAUAACGCUUCACGUUUUAUUAACAUGUCAUUUAUUGACAAUAAACUUUCAUCUGGAAAAUAUUCCUGUGCUUUUUGGCAAUAUAAUCGAUGGAAUAAUACUGGUUGCUCUUAUUCUCUAGAUUCCAAUUUAAAUCGUCAUCUCUGCUUUUGUAAUCAUACAACAUCAUUUGCAUUAAUAUUUAUUCCACAUAAAACUUUAAAGAUUCUCAUUAUACCAUUUAUAAUUUUUGCUAUAAUUUCAAUAGUAUGUUUUUCUAUAUCAUUAAUUCUUUCAAUGCAUCGACAAGCAAAAUCUUUUCGUCAUCUAUCAAUAGCAAAUAUAUUUAGUUUAUCAAAUUCAAUUAUUUUCUUUAUAUUAAUUACUGUUAUUAUAAUUCGUGCUUAUAAAUCAUCAAAAAUAGAAUCAAUAAAUCAAGAUAAAUGUUCAACAUUACCUAAAAAUUUAACUAUUGCAACUUAUUUUUUUUUCAUAUUAACAUUUGCAAGUAAAACUUUACUUGGUAUUGGAUAUUUUUUAACAAUACUUUAUCAUUUUAUUUUCAUUCAAUUUACAGCUAUAUCGAAUAAAUGGUUUUAUGGAAGUUUUUUGCUUGUUAUUUUUAUUGCUUUAAUACCAAUAAUAAUUAUUAGUAUAAUGAUGAAUCAAUGGACAAAUUUAUUUAUACAAUAUCAAGGGAUAUGUUGGUUUCAUAAAUCAUUUAUAUUUCGAUUUAUUUCAAUACCAAUAAUUAUAUUUCUUUCAUUAAAUAUAUUAAUUUUAUUUGGAAUAACUGUUCGUUUAAUUCAAUUUUUUAUUGAUCGUAAAAUGUCACAAACAAAUGAAAAACGAAUGUUUGUUUCAAUAAUGAUAUGGAUUACAUUAUGUAUAUCAUUAGGUAUUGCUUGGAUAUUUGGACCAUUUUUAGAUUUUAUCAUCAAAGAGGAAAGUCAAACAUCAUCAAAAAUUAUACAAUGGAUAUUUGGUGUUUAUAAUGGACUCGAAGGUGUAUGGAUAUUGGGUAUUAAUGUAAUGUUUUAUUUAAAUCAAAAAUUGACAAAGAAAUAUCGUUCAAGAGUUACAAAUAAAGCUAAAAAUUAA